AUGUUGACUUAUGAUGGAUUAUCUUCAGUUCAUAAUACUGAAAUUUCAUGGUCUCGUUCUCUUCGUUUCUGGCUUCUACUUCUUUUUGAUAUUCCAGCAGUUGUCUGUUCUCUUUUUCUUCUCUAUCAUCUGUUGACAGAUCGGUCUCUACGACAAUCUUUGGCAAAUCAUAGUAUUAUUGCUUUACUUAUCUCGGCAUUCAUCUGUCAAAUAAUCGAUAUUCCUUUGUAUCUUGAUUUUAUUCAACGAGGUACAGUAUGGACACAAAAGCCAAUUAUAUGUCUUAUAUGGUGGUUGGUAGAUCUUGGUUUCUAUAAUUUUAAUUCUGUACUUGUUGCUUGGACUUCAAUUGAACGACAUAUUCUUAUAUUUCAUGAUCAAUGGCUAUCAACUUUCAAGAGACGCCUACUUAUUCAUUAUCUUCCAAUGACUGUACUCGUUCUCUACUUGAUCAUCUAUUAUAUUCUAAUGAUUUUCUUUCCUCCUUGUCAACAUGUAUUUGUCUAUUCAUUACCUGUUUGUAGUUCAUAUCCUUGUCAUCUUUCACAUCCUAUAUUUGGUUUAUGGGAUAUAAUGGUUCAUGGAUGUUUAUCUACAUUGUUAAUUGUUAUCUUUAAUAUUGCUCUUAUAUUUCGUGUUCUCAUGCAAAAACGACAUGUAGGUCAAACUGUUCAGUGGCAUCGAUAUUGGAGAAUGAGUAUUCCAUUGUUAUCGAUUUCUGCUCUCUAUCUUAUUUUCAAUUUUCCUAUCAUGGCAAUGGUUCUUGCUCAUCACUACGGUUGGCCAGCAGAUUCAGGUGUCGAAGCACAACUUAUUGCGUUUUUUCUUGCCUAUUGGGUAAUAUUUCUUUUACCUUUUAUAUGUUUGUAUUCAUUACCGAAAUUACAAUAUAAAUUAUGCAUGAUUAUUGGUAUUGGACAUCAAGUACAUAUUGGAAGAAGAGUGUAA